AUGUCUACCAAGCCUUUUUCGUCGCUGCACCCGAGUGUCGGCGCUGACAGCAAUGCUCAUCCAUCGCUAGUUACGACGACCAUAGCGAAUCCGCAUAUAAUGACCCUCUUGGCUGAAGUGAAUUUUAACGUGGAGAUGCGCGGUCUCGCUGCAAAUGCCCACGCAUCAUUUGGCCACAUGUACCAACCUAGGCUACGGAAGUCACUAGACACGCAGCAAGCUGUCAGUCAUCUCGAUACGAUAUCUUGCUGGAAGGCCAUGUCUUACGUGCAAGCUCACGAGCUUGCGCUCUGGGAGUCCUUGUUCCACCAGUGCUUAGUCUCGCAAAUUGAAAAACGCUUGCGACGCACUGCCAUUAUCCAAUUGAGCAAACGCAAAGAUUAUGUCGACGAAGUUUCCCUUCUUCCCUGUCUCAUGCAGUCUUUUCCAGAGAAUUACGCAUGCUUCAUCAAUAUCGAUGUUUCCGGUCUUCUUCAGGACAUGAUUGGUGCCUACUGCAAAGAGCUUACGAGCCCGGCUGUUAUGCGAAACCUCCAGUGGGCGCUUGGUUCCGGCAGUCUUCAUAGCUUUAUCUACAACUUUAUCUCCAUACAAGACUGCUUUAAGAACACCCCAACUGGACCAUGCCUGUUCGUCAAAUAUUCAAUCGAUUGGUUUUCCUUUCCGUUGAUCGCUGUCACUGCCGAUAUAGCCUGGCAUCCCCCUGUAUUCUACUUCAAGCUUGCUCCUGCUCAGAUAAAGCCAGGAGCUCACUACGGUAUUGCCCCUUGCCGCCGCCCGGUUCGUCAAGACGCUGGAAUAUCGGAAUGCAAAAGCUUUCCCGACCAUGUCGAAUAUGUUGUGACAAAAUCUUCCUCCGUGGCUAAAUGGUACCAUAAGGGCAGGUUCUUCCUCAUGCAGGCACCAGACAGAUUGGAGGGCAACAAUGCAGCAGUGUUGGAGACAAUAAUGCAGGCUAAAGUCAUCACACGCUUUCCGAAAAACGUGCUUUUCGAACGUACAUCACGGUACGUCAUCAAAGUUGAACUGGCACACGCCCGAGAAGUUAACUCGAUGACGGAAACCCACGGAGUACCAACUACACUGGCAUUGGUUAUACCACCGCACAAAAGUACCAACUCUCUUCAGUCGCAUGGUUGCCGGCAUGUUCCUACUUCUCCGCCAGAUUCUCUGGUCGAGUUGGUGGACCGUGGACCCGAUCCCAAUAGCGAGUGCUGCGAUUCGAAGGAAUACGUCGAACCCGUUGCCUCAGGUGUGUCAAUGCAGAAUGUACAUGAUCCAGAGUUGGAAACCGGGAAAAAAGCACCAAAAAAACGCACGAAUUCAUCGCGCGAGGACAACGCUAUCCAUCCCGACGAUAACCGCACGCAUGGUGCCCCAGAUAUCCAGCUUAAGCGCCGAAAGCUAAAGAAGACUGAUGUGGCUGACAGCCAGGUCGAAUCACCACCUACAGAUCUAUCUUGUUCUAUGCUUCAAUCGGCGCAGGAUGACACACCUGAUGACAAAUUUUGCACACGCGAGAUGCGCCGUUUGAGUAUCUCGAUUAAUAUGGCCGCUCCAUUAAUCAAGACCGAUUCUCCAUCUUCUCAGCUGCAAAAUGAGUCUGAGAAAGUGAUCUACAGGAAGCCAGAUCGGGUAAGGAAUGAGCCGUAUCCAACACCGCCGUCUACACCUUCAUCGCUUGCCUCUAGCUCUGACUAUGGAAACUACUGUUCUAGAGUUGAACGCCCUGGUACUCACACAUCGCAGAUGGCCCAAGCCAGGAAUGGGUCCCUGUGUCUGUAUGAACUGUCACAGGAUACUAUUCAGCACAACUAUCAUGAAUUUGAGGCGAUGGCCCUGUGUCAGUCGACAAAGCAAGCUGACUGGGGCGAUUCGAGCUUUGAGAAGAUAUUUAUGGAAGAGAGCGAUGCCGAAGGUUGGCACUCAUCUGAUGUUGAUGACGUGGACGAGGAGAUGGAUGGCUAUGGUAUGGGGAUGUGA